UGUGCGUAAAAUGUUUCAUUCACAAAGUGGUAUCAUUUCUCUGCAUCAAAAAGCCAAACAUUAGUGAAAAACUCAGCAAAAAUUGCAUAAAUUGUCAUAUUGUGUUGAUAAAAACAUUCCCAAUUGUCUAUUGGUGCAAAGUGUAGUGGAAAAGCGAAGGAAAAUUCCCGAGGGGUGGGUGAAACGGUUGCAGAAAAAUAAGCCACAGCCACACUAUCGGAUAAUCGCCGAAGGAAGCCGAUUGAUUAGUCCCCGCCACAGCUGAAGCUCCAAGGCAAGGUGGUUCUGCCUUCCCGGCAGUCUUUGGGCGCGUAGACACCACAAUAGUGCUUCGCCAGAUCUUCUUACAGAGAAUUGUCAGCACAAAAUGCCAGAAAUAUCCGUCAUUUAGAAAAUAAAUUCACGAGAUAUAAAUUGUUCUAAAUUGAGGAUGUUCGCCUCAUUUCCAGACAGAUUUUAAUCAGGCCUCGAAAGCGGCAUAAAGUGUCACCUAAUGUGCAAUAAUUACUCCGGCUUGGGUUGUUCCCGCCAAAAAUUGUGAUCACAUCUUGCAAAAAUAGUGAUAAGAGAGCCGCGAGUGUUUAGCUUGUGUGAGAGAGGUCACGAAUGAUAUCAACGUUGACUCUUCUGCUCUAAAUUGAAUUGAAUUUUAAACAAACAAAAAAAUGGCAUCGAGUGAGAUUUUUCUCUACAACAUCAACGAAUAUGCAACGAUUGAUCAUUGUCCAACAGCUACAUGUGAGGCUGUGUGCAAUCUUGUCUGCAGGAAGCUGAAAGUUCAGCCAAUUGUUGAACUUCUCUUUGGACUCCGGCCCUGUGGAUCCCGGAAUUUUGUUGCACCCUGUCAGCCUCUUGUGGCAAAGCAGAAAUAUGAGUUCCGCAUAAGGUACAAGCUACCUGAUGUGACAAAGUUGAAGGACUUGGACAAGGAGUUGUUCAAGUAUUAUUUUAGUCAAGUUAAACAUGACUUGUUGGAGAAUAAAAUCCCCCAUUUGCAAUAUGAGGAGCAUUCGAGAAAAAUCAUGGGGUUGGUGCUUACGGAUAUGUACCUCGAAAUGGUGCAGAAUAAAGUGUCACCGCAAGAAUUGAUGGGACGUUACAAGAGGUACGUUCCGAAGGUGAUAAUGAAGAAGUACACGAUGUUGUUUGUGAAGCGUGCCAUUAAGAAGGAAUUGGAUAUGAUUGAGAAAUUCGAUCAUGAUCCCUUCUACAUUAUUCAGUCGUACAUUUCGGAGAUCUCAAAUAUUGCACCUGAGUACCUAACGGAGGAAUAUUCAGCCAGUACACCCUAUCUCAGGGAGAGAGAUCAAACGCCCAAGAGGAAUUCGUGUCCAGUUACGCUGCGUAUAUCGCCGUAUCAUGCGGAUCAGCCGGGACUUAGAGUGCACUAUGCAUACAAGAAUAUGUGGCACAAUAUAACAAUUGAGAAUAUGAGUGGUAUUGAAAUGCACAACCUUGAAGUGAGGAUUAUUACGCAAAAUGAACGAGAGAAAUUUGUUCUGACCUUCAAGGAUCGCGAUAGUAUGGAAUCUUUUGUUAGUUGCCUAUCCGGCUACUAUCGGCUCAUGGUCAAAUGGUCAGUUAAUCUCUGUGCAGGCUAUCCAUCGCCGUCUCUUCAGGAGUUGGAAAAGAUGCGCUGCCACGGGCCAAUUGGCAAGGAAUUUGCCUACAAGAAAAUCCAAUUGAACAGCAAUGAGAGUGGAUCCUUCCUUGUGCGUACAUCAGAAGAGCAGUACGAUGUCUAUUUCAUUGACAUUGCUUUCCAAAAGGACGACUUUAGGACCUUUACUGUUACAUAUAGGGAUGGAAAAUUUUAUCUACUUAAUGCAAAUGGUGAGACAGCAUUUGCAAAUCUCUUGGAUGCUGCUAAAAGCAUAAAUGUACCUUCGGAAAAGCACGUACGACUUACACUGUCGGAAUACGAUAAAUCCUCGAAACUCCUGCUCUGUCGCUGUUCACCUGAACGUGCUGAUUUGACGCUUGUGAAGGAAGUGGCGGAAAUGCGUCAGGGUAAGGCACUCCUGAUAAAUGCUCAGCGUGAAUUGCAAUUGGAUGAGAGUACGGAGGUUGAUCGUGAAGGGGGUGUCCUAUCGCGAAUGCAUGGAUAUUUCAUUGUGAAUGAAAAGAGCAAAGUUAAGGUUUCCCUGAAUAUACUGAAGCCGAGUAAGAGGGACUUCAAUUUGGAGGCAUUCAUGCAUAUGGCGGAUAAGUGGAGUAGCUUAAAUUCACCGGAUCUCAUGAAGAUGUAUGGCUUUACGCUGUACCAACCCAUUGCAAUGGUGAUGGAGUCUACGGGCAUGGGGCCACUGAAUAAGUACCUAAGUCGCGUAACUGUUACUGUUUCUGCCCUGCUGGACAUUGUGUACUCCUUAUUGAAGGCAAUUGUGUACCUGCAAGAUCACAAUAUGGUCCACAACAACAUUCGCUGUGCUUCGUUGUUUGUUAUGAGUAAUAGUCAUACGGAUGGUGAUAUCUACGUUAGACUUGGGGAUCCGGGCUUUCAGGCGUCGCUCUCGUGUCACGACAUUCCGUGGAUACCUCAGGAGUACCACAAAGGACUCGAUUUGUCACGGUAUGACCUACAGACGGAUAUUUGGGCAUGUGCAACAACAAUGUGGGAGAUUUUCUCACGUGGCGCCUCACCACUUUCCUACAUUUCAUGCUUCAAGAAUGAUCAACCACCGAGGCUGCCAAAGCCCAAACUCUGCCCUGAUCAGCUGUACGACGAAAUAAUGUGUCAGGGAUGGGUUGAGAGGGAGUUACGCUUCAAGCCUCAGUCUGUUCUCAUUAAAUUGCACUGUAUCAAGCAAAAGUCCAACAUAGUCUACACAGAUGUUGAAACAGUCUCAACAACGGAAUCUCAAGCGAGUGGUAUUAGUGCUGAAACGGAGGAGGUUAGUCUGCAUCAGAAUGGUGAUCAUUCAAUACCCAGUUCAGGGGGUAGUGAUCUAUCUAUUAAUUCCGAUCGGCACAAUGGGCUUGUUAAGACUCCGAAUGGCCUCCAUCCCACCCAUUGGUUGGGUCGCAGUGAUGAUGGUUUCUUUCCGAAAAAUAUUUUCAAGGAAAAGGACUAUGAAAUUUUGUAUCAGGGACAAAUUGGAUGUGGAAACUAUGGGAAUGUUUUCCGCGGGGAGGUACACGAGAUCAAUGAUUCAACGCACAGAUUAAAGGUGGCCAUAAAGGUGCUCAAUAUACCGCAAAAUGCAAGCGGGAUGGUUGAUUUUGAGAAUGAAUGCAAAAUAAUGAAGAAACUCAAUCAUCCGAAUAUUGUGCAAAUAUUUGACUGUAGAACGGAAAAUCCGAAUAAUGUGGAAAUCGUAAUGGAAUAUGUGGAAAAAAGUUCACUUGAUAAUUAUCUCAAAAUGAAGGAAAUCGCCAAAGUCAAGACAGCUGAAUUGCUGAGAUUUGCCAAAGAUAUUGCCAGUGGAAUGGAGUACCUGCAGCUCCAGAAGAUAGUCCAUCGAGAUUUGGCGGCUCGAAAUGUUCUAGUCGAUAGGAAUGAGAGACUGAAAAUAUCCGACUUUGGUCUGGCGAGAUUCGUCAACAUCGACGGAUACUACACGUGUCGUGAUCUCGACAAGAAGGUCCCAAUUACAUGGUAUGCCCCCGAAACUCUCUCGCAGAUGAUCUACACCGUCCAUUCGGACGUCUGGUCGUACGGAGUGACGCUCUAUGAGAUCUUCUCGGGCGGCAUGGAUCCGUGUCUGCUGAAGGGUGAACAACUCAGUGCAGAUUCUCUUCUCAAACUUCUCAAUGAUGGCGUAAGACUCCAACGGCCUCCGUAUUGCCCGAGAAAUAUUUAUGAGAAAUUAAUGUUGCCAUGUUGGGCACAAAGGAAGACUCUACGGCCAACAUUCACAACAAUUCUCGAUACAAUUGAUAAGCUUACGCCGGAGUAUGGGGAAGAAGUUUAAAAAUUGAAUAUUUUCUUAAGUUUUCAUUGUAAGUGAAAAGCAUAUUUGCAGCAAAGAAUCGAGCUUGAGAAGAUUUCCCGAAAAGAAAAAAAGACUCGAUAUAUAGAAUAUUAUUCCAGUUGUAUAUCUUUUGUAAAGAAUUCUUUUUGUUUUUUCAGUUCUCAUUGAAAAGUCUUCUUUUUUCCACAACUUUUUUACAAUAUAUAUUUUGUAUAUAUUUUUUUCGAAAAAAAAAAGAAAUUGUGUUUACAAAAUUUGCAAAGAAAAAUCGAUUUCAAGGAUUUUUUCAAUGUAAAGAACCACCAAAAGGGAGAUUCUAGUGAAAAAAUCCAAUAAAACAGAGGAAUCGGUCAAUUUUGUGGAGAAAAAAAAUGUUUAAACAAAAAGAUGGACAAUUUAAAAUGUUUUUUUCCUGAGAAAGAGAGAAAAAAAUAGAAAAUAAGAGAAGGGCAAAAGCCCUGACAGAGAAGUUUGUAACAUCUGUGGGAUGAUUCUAUUAAAAAGUACAUCUAAAAGUGUUAA